AUGCUUACACACAGACAGACAUACCUGGAGAAUGCCCUCCUCUCAGCAGCUGCAGUGCUGCUCCUCCUGACCACAGCAGCUCAAUCUGCAGUGCUGAGUGACAACCUGCAGACCACAGCAGCUCCUGCUCUGAUAGACUCAUCUCUGACCACACAGCUCAACAACAGCAGUAUGGAGGAGCCUCGAGUUCUGCGCUCACACACGUCAUGCAGAGAGGAACACAAAGACUUCUGUAAAAACGGCGGAGAGUGCAUGUAUCCCCAAGACACUGACGAACCUUCUUGCAUCUGCACGUCCUUGUACAACGGGCCUCGCUGCUUCAUCUCGAUCUCCCUUGAUCAGAGUCACUCUGUGCCCGACUUAGAGAAGCUGAUUGGCAUCGGUUUUGGGGUAGCCAUGAUCAUCAUUUUCCUGGCCAUCGCAAUUUACUGCUUGACCUACAAGAGAUGUAUAAAAUCAGCACCACUCAUAAAAUCUGCACCAUCUGAGACUUCAGUGUGACCUUCAUCUGUUUGUGAUCAUCUUGUCAUCACCAUGUUUAGUUUUUACAAAGCAUAAACCAUAACAGUUCAUUAUUCAUUAUG